UAAAACAGCACACUGGUCAAGCACGUUUCUUACUUACAGUCACGAGCGAUUCACUAGACGAACGUUUGUUCUGCUACAGCCAACUUCAAACCCUGAUUCAUAUCAGAAUAUCAAAUUCACAUUUGAAUAUCUGAUUUAGUGUAACACCCUAAAUUGUUUUAAAGUUAAAUAUCAAAAAUGAGCAAUCAGGAAGGAAAACCAGAAUUUGUGUUCACUCUGCCAAAGAGUGCACUCGACGACCUUAUGAAGGUUAGGAAAGCCUUGCAAAACUCUCUGUCUGAAAACAAACUUUUAAAAGAGGGUGCAAGUAGAGCCAGACAGCAAAUCAAACAGAUGAUGAAUCAAAUGUCAGCGAUGCGCACCAAGCUGAAACUGUAUGAGAUCCAAGCUGGAGGAGUCACUGACGAAUCAGCAUUGAGCAAACUGCAGGUGAGCAGCGCCACCAAAGAAAAAGAGGAACAGACAUGUUCAGAUCAGGAAAAGGCCAGCAACUUUGACCUUGAGAUGAAUCGUCUGAAAGAGCAGCUUCAGCAGAGGGACAACGAAAUCCUGAUCCUGAAACAGGAGAAGGACACUCUGUCUGCCAAGUUCACACAGCUUCAGAAACAUGAAAGAAAUCUGAAAGAAACUAUGUGGAAUGCUCUGUGGAAAGAACAAACACUGAGAGAGAAUCUGGAGCAGGAGAAAAAAGUCCUGGAGGAACAAAAUAAGAAACUCCUGGAAGAGCAAAAAGUGGUGAAUGACACAAAAGAAAAAGUUAAAGAGGCCAUCCCAAAUUGUCAGGAUGCAGAGAAAGAACAGAAAAAACUGGAGGAGGACACGAAAGCUCUGCAGCCACAGAGUAACGACUCCAGCGAGAUUAAAGAAAGUCAGGCAGAGACAAAAAUACCAGAAAUGCAGACAAAACUGGACACGCAGAGAAAAGAAUUAGUAGAGGCUCAGACUGAAACACAGGAGACGGCAACCCCAGAGUCGUCCUCAUCUGAUGGUCUGAGUGGGGAAAAGUUGUGUGUCAACAAAGUGAUUGAGUUGGUGGUUUCACAGGCCAUAGAAAAAGUCUCCACUAAAUACAAGCUCUUCACAGAGCGCCUCACUCCUGACUGCAUCAGCGAUCGCCUGAUUGAAAAAAUUUGGCCUGAAAUCGAGCUGAAACAUUUGGAUCUAUCCCCCAAAUGGCUGAAAAAUAUAGACAAGGUCAUUCUCAAGGAUCUUUGCAAAACACACAACUGCAAGGAAAAAUAUCUGAUUUUGAAUCUGAGGGAACAGCUUGAUAACAUUACUGUCCCAACCUUCACCAAACACCUGUUGGCAUUACCAACAAGAGUACUUAGUGUCUCUAAAAACAGGGAAGAGUACCAGGAGGCUGUGAAAAAUGUCACUAAAGAUCUGGCAAUGCACGCUAUGAACGGAGAAAAUGAGACAGCUACAUGGAAUGCAGGAACAUCAGAGUUUAUUGUACAGAGGCUUUCCCAUAAGAUCUGGAACAAAAUUUUGUCCAAAAACUACAAAAUGUCCAUGGAAAACAUUGAACAACUCGGCCUGAAAGUAUCCAAUGAUCUCCGUGAAAAGUGGCCUUCUCCAAUACUGUUAAUGAGGUCAAGCAACCCAGUGGUUGACGAAGCAGUCGUCAGCAGCUUCAAAAAACAUGCCAAGCUGAGGAGCCAAAAUGUCAUCUUGAGGGCUUUCUCAUGUGCACAUUAAAAUUGAACUGAAACGUGCACGUGAUUAUGUUACAAAACUCUUAAACUGGCAUAAAAUAUUGUUUUAAUUCAGCAACCUAAAUUAAAUUUUAAAACCAGAGUGGUUCAAAAUAAACACUCUUCUUCUCCCAACUUCCUUCCCUCAUCACUAACUGGCCGAGGCAGAUGGCCACCCCAUCUCAGAGCCUGGUUCUGCCGGAGGUUUCUCUCUUUUAAAAGUGAGUUUUUCCUUCCCACUGUCGCCAAUGUGCUUGCUCUAGGGGGUUAGUUUUUGUGCAUUAUUGUAGGGUCUUGACCUUACAAUAUAAAGCACCAUGAGGGAAGUGUUGUUGGGGCUUGGCGCUGUUUCUUAACUCAAAAUGUCCAAUUACAACAGGACAUUUUACGUUAAGAAACAGCGUCAAACCAGAAAUUAAAAUAAAAUAAAAAAAAUUAAAAAAAACUUUGAAUUUGUGCUUUGUUUCAUUUGCUGUAAAUUUGCUAAGAAUGUAAUAUAAGAUUAGAAUAGUGUUUAUUUGUUUGCCUAUUUAUAAGGAACCCCAUUAGCAUUAGCUAAGCACUGCAGGAGAGAGGCCCCAGACAUGAGGAGGAACGCAUGAAGGCCAGGUGAAGAGAGGGACCCGACAGCAGGAACAGUGACAGAAGGAGACAACGCGUGCGAUUGGCAGCAGGGCAGAGGUAUACCUCUGCCUGCAUUUGUGAGUAGUGUCUCCAGUGUCGUUCACCGGGUGCAGCCGUGUUGGGAGAGGGUCGCCAUGGCUAUAAGCCAGGGCCGCUUCCGGGACAAUGGUUCUGGCCCAUUGACUGUAGAAAACACCAGUCCGCAGGCGUGUGGGGUCUCAGAGCUCUGAUGCGCAUGGAAUUUUCUCUGGAGAGUUGCCGCAGUCAGAAAGGUUUAAGAAUAUGCAAAAACCAAAUCUCUGAGAGAUGCAACCAGAAGACGAAUGAGAAACAUACUUGAGGCUGAGAUGACAGAAACACAUGGGACAUCUCCCCCUAAAAGCGUAAGAAUGAUGUAUGCGCAAGGGAUUGUUGCUCUGUCUCCAUAUCUGGAAGACCCAUAUUCACAACAUGGAUAUGAACAUUACUACAAUCCAGAGAGCAGUUCAGGAUACCUUGAGUGGCGGUUGAAGACCAUUCAAAGAAAAGCUGCGGAGGAAAGAAGCACCUCGGUUUGCAAAUCUCCCAAAAUUGGUGGGCCAGGCCAUGGUCGAUCCAGACCACUCACCACUCAGACAGUGUUAUCAGAUGAGGAUGUAAGAGCAGAGACAGCUGAUGAAGACAUCCUUAAAAAGAUGAAAGCUACCUUCUUUUAUCGGCAUUCAAUGGUUAGCGAUGAAAAGAAUCCAGCAGAUGUCUUCAUAGGCCUGAUGCGGUUUCUGGACACACCAGGACUGAUAGAACAAGAUUUCCGACUCCUUUUUUGUGAGGCCACUGCCAGCAAAUUCUUGGAGAGGUGGCCCAUCAAUCUCAAAGCAAAGGUUGUAAAGGAAAGUCAGGGACUUGUUCCCACCUCAGAGCUCUUGGAGUUAAUGUGCAAUGCUGAGUCAGGUACUGAAGUUGAGAAUGGCUGGGACAGUGACAUGUCUGCUAUCUUGCUGCUAUAUCUGCUACCACCAUCUGCACGAGGGCGAAAGAGACCAGGAAAGAUGUCUGCAUCUCAAGCUGUCGAUAACCUCAUCAAAUUCCCAAAGGCUGGAACCAGUGUACAGCAGCAUCUAGACAACAUCACCUGAAGCAGUCAGCCCUGCUUUCUUGCUCAGGGAUCCACAAGAAGCAGCAUGCACACCUUGUGAUUGACAAGCAUGCACUUCCAUGUAAAGUGACAGGUUCAGUAGGAUCCCUUGAUGAACUCUUUAGGGCCCAUUAUGUCUUUGGUACAUCAUACAGUUCAUCCCUGACCAACUUUUUCACUUUUCUGCAAACAACUAUGACAUUGGGGAAACGUCAUAUUGCUUUCUCUAGUGAGCAUCCUAGAACUGUAUGCUAAUGCAAGGGUUUGUUACGUUAAUUAAAUGACACUGAAAUGAGAAACAUAAUAAAUGC